AGUUUAUGUCAGUGUUCUCUAGUCUGUGGUUCGGUCGUCGGCCUGUCUUACGAAAAAGUUGUGCAAGACAUUUGAGGUUUUUACUAUUAUUUUCGUAGUAUAACUAUAAUUAAACUGUUAUAAUAACAAAAUUUAUAAGUUUACGUAAUAAAACAAAAUAUGGCUGCUCAACUAUUCAACCGCAUCGGCCAGGUAGGCCUGGGCAUGGCUCUCGUUGGUGGAGUAGUCAACUCUGCACUGUACAAUGUUGAUGGAGGACACAGAGCUGUAAUCUUCGACAGAUUUGCUGGAGUCAAAAACCUAGUGGUGGGCGAGGGCACACACUUUUUCAUUCCAUGGGUGCAGCGGCCCAUCAUCUUUGACAUCAGAUCCAGACCCAGAAAUGUGCCCACAGUCACUGGCAGCAAAGAUCUCCAGAAUGUCAACAUCACCCUCCGUAUCCUGUUCAGGCCACAACCUGACCAGCUGCCCAAGAUCUACACCAUCCUGGGUGUGGACUAUGACGAGAGGGUGCUGCCCUCCAUCACUGGAGAGGUCCUGAAGGCGGUUGUUGCACAGUUUGAUGCUGGAGAACUUAUCACACAGAGAGAGGUCGUCUCACAAAAAGUGAGUGAAAGUCUAACCGAGCGAGCGGGUCAGUUCGGUCUCAUCCUCGACGACAUCUCCAUCACCCACCUCACGUUCGGCAAGGAGUUCACACAGGCCGUCGAGCUUAAACAAGUCGCCCAGCAGGACGCCGAGAAAGCCCGAUUCCUGGUCGAGAAGGCUGAGCAGCAGAAGAAAGCAGCUGUCAUCGCAGCAGAAGGUGACGCCCAAGCAGCCGUCCUACUCGCUAAGUCUUUCGGCGCUGCUGGUGAAGGUCUAGUGGAACUCCGUCGUAUCGAGGCCGCAGAAGACAUCGCCUACCAGCUAUCCAAAUCGCGCAACGUGACCUACCUACCUGCGGGACAGAAUGUCCUCCUCAACCUGCCGACGCAGUAGAAUUGUUAGUGCCAUGCGUUCUGUUCCAAAUUCGAUCGGUACGCGUUGAAGGCUUCUUCCAAAAAUCUAUGUUAAAUUCGUGUUUUUUUUUUAAUUAUUUUUUUAUGUGACUGAUAUUGAAGAUGUGCGUUUUGUUGCAAACUAAUGUCACAAAUCAUGGUAACACUUAUCCAAAUAUUACCAAUACAUCAUCACAAAAUGACUUAUCAUGAAAUAUGCCAAAAUUGUAAUUCCCAGUUUUUUUAACACAAUAACUAAACCUGGCAUUAAGAUUGAAGUUGUCUUGUGGGGUUGAUAUUAUGAAUUAUGAUAUUAGGUUGCAAUGAAUCGCACCAAAUCAAUCGAAUUUGGAAUGAAACUCAAUAAAAUAAUAUGCAACUGUUGAUAAUAAUGUACAGGAUUUCUGGGACUCUGUUCUGGUGCAAUUGCAUUUGUAUUUACAAAAAUAAUUGUAAGGAUAUGCAUUUGGAAGACUUGAAUGCUUUACUUCCGCCAAUAGAUGUAGUCACGUUUUAGUUUUAUGAAAACUUAAUUACGCAUUAAACUAUAAUUGUUGA